UUUGAGAAUCCUGCCUUUCGCCCGGAUGGGAUGAAACUCUAUCCAACACUGGUGAUCCGUGGCACUGGUCUGUAUGAGCUCUGGAAGACUGGAAGAUACAAGAGCUACCCUCCCAGCACUCUUGUGGAUCUGGUGGCGAGGAUCCUGGCUCUUGUCCCACCGUGGACACGUGUGUACCGCGUUCAGAGAGAUAUCCCAAUGCCACUAGUCAGCUCUGGAGUGGAGCAUGGGAACCUGAGAGAGCUUGCCUUGGCCAGAAUGAAGGAUCUUGGGACACAGUGUCGUGAUGUAAGGACGAGAGAGGUUGGAAUUCAAGAAAUUCACCAUAAAGUAAGACCUUAUCAGAUUGAAUUAGUUAGAAGAGAUUAUGUGGCUAACGGUGGCUGGGAGACCUUCCUGUCCUAUGAAGAUCCAGAGCAGGAUAUUCUCGUUGGCCUUCUGCGCUUGCGGAAGUGUUCAGAGGAGUCAUUCAGACCUGAGCUGAAAGGAGGCGUUUCCAUUGUCCGGGAGCUGCACGUGUACGGGAGCGUGGUCCCAGUGAGCAGUCGGGAUCCUUCGAAAUUUCAGCAUCAGGGAUUUGGUAUGUUGCUAAUGGAGGAGGCAGAAAGAAUAGCCAGAGAGGAGCAUGGGUCAUGGAAAAUUGCUGUUAUUUCAGGUGUUGGCACAAGGAACUACUACAGGAAGAUUGGUUAUGAACUGGAAGGGCCUUACAUGGUGAAAAGGCUGGACUGACCCCAGUGAGGUCCUCAGCCCCUACCAACUGCUGGGAGUAGAGAAGAUACUAGGCUCAUCCUGGAAAGAAAGCUCAAGGUGACGGAUGCAGGCUGAAAACCAAAGCCUGCCAGCUGCAAGGUACUUGCUUAUGCCAGAGCCCGUGGCAGCAACUCGGCCAUCUCAUCUGGGAAGAGCAGUUCGGCUGAGGUCUGCCCGCUGCCCAGGAGAGGUCACGGACGUGCCACACGGCAUUACCCACGCAAGCCUGCCGGCUCUCCAGGACUGGCUCUGAUGCAUUUUAAUAAGUGUGUAGGUGAACUGAAAGCUCUGAAUGUAGGGGCCUUAUUCAACAGCCGGGUAUGAAAAAUUUCCAUUGUUUUUAUGACACUGUCAUCAGGCUUUUAAUCUUUGAGCAUUGAAAUUGUGCAGGUUACUCUGAAACACGAACGAAUUCCUCCUUUGUGCAUCUAUUUACGCUGGCCUAGCUCUUUUCUGUUUAUCCCAAGAGGUGCAAUUUCAUUCUUUUACAGUAGGACCCCGUGGGGAUUGGAAGCCAUUACCUUGCUGGUGGUAGGAUUUGAGAUUAAAAUUUCAACUGAAUCUGAAUUGGGACACACAGUCAUAAAAUAACUAGGGUUGGAAGGGACCUCUGAGGUCUCUAGUCCAACCCAGCUCAAAGCAGGGCCAAUUAGUUCAGGUUGCCCUGGGUCCUGUACAGGAGAUGUUUGAGUAUCUCCAAGGAUGGAGAGUCCACAACAUCCGAGUCCCUGUUCCAGUAUUUGACCACCUGUAUGGUGAGAAAGGUUUUCCUAAUACCUAAUUGGAAUUCACCGUGUUCCAGUUUGUGCCUGUUGCCUCUUGGCCUGUCACUUUGCACCUCUGAGAAGUCUCCUUCUGGCUCCUCCAUGCCCUCCUGCUAGGAGUUGUAGCAGUAAGAUCCCCCUUUGCCUUCUCUUCUCCACGCUGUGCAAACCCAGGUCUCCCAGGCUGUCCCUGCACAUCGUGUACUCCCAACACUGCAUUCAGCCUGGUGGGCCUCUGUGGACUUGCUCCCGUUUGUCAGUCUUGCUUGUACUGGAGAGCCCAAAACUGGACACUGUGUGCAGAUGGGUCCCACCAGCGCUGAAUAAAGGUGAAGAUCCCUUCCCUCCUCUGCGAGCCGCGCUCCUGCCGAUGCGGCCCAGGAUGCGCUCAGCCCUCGUUGCUGUGAGGGCUGCACGCUGCUGCCCCCCCGCUCAGCAUGUCCACUUGGUCCCUGUCCCGCUCUUUCCUCUGUGCAGCUGGAAAGGGCCUUGAGGAGGAUUUGGUCUGUAACUUGCCGGGGAGUGCGGUGAGGCUGACUGGCCUGUGGUUCCUCGGACCCUCCUCCUUGAAGAGGGCUGUGAUGUUUGCCUUUUUCCCAUCAUUAGCAGGUCCCCAAUAGCUGUGACCUUUUGCAAUGGCAUCAGUGACCUCAGGUCCAGCUGGGGACCUGUGCACGUCCUGUUGGCUCCGUAAUGUUGUGGUCCUCCCUUGGGGGCACCGCUUUGCUCACGCGAUGCUUUAUGCGGCUCCAUGAAGGAGGCCACUGCUUUGUCCUCUUCUCAGAGGCCAGUCACGUUGGGCUGUCCCCAUGCUCCCAAGCUCCCACCUGGCUCGUGACCUCCUCCCCUUCCUGGCCUUUCGUGCUGGAGGGGCUGCACCCUGCCAUCACGGCAUGCCGGUCAGGGAGGAGCAUGCGGCAGGACAAGUCUCAACAGGAAGUGAUAAAAAGGUGAAAGACUUAGCAAAGGGAGCUUUGCUUAGCCUUAUCUGACACAAGCGAGCGGGAACCGUGGCGGGGGAGAGCUCAGCGCCUUGUGAUGUGCAAGGACAGCAAGUUUGCAGUGUCAAGAAGCCAUUUGAGUAGCAUUUGCCAUUUUGCGGGUGUUGCUAUGAUAAAUGACUCUGUCAGGUGGAAACUUGGCCUGGGCUGGAAUUUGGUUUCGCUGGUGCUGCUGCCUUAAUUACACAGCAGUGACGCUUCCGCGCUCUGACAGCCCUGGGCUUGCAGGCGGGGGCCAGAAAAGCUCGCCACUGCCGCAUGGCUCAAAUCUCGGCCCUCUGGCAAAUCCAGAACCUACCUGACAUGUUUAUUUUUUAAGGCUGAUUGCUUUUUGAGUUUUCUAGGAGCUUUAUCACACAAUAAACUAAAUUUUGUGUCUUA